UGACGCGGCUAUAUGGCAAAAGCGGACAAAAGGUUUGAUUUUUUUCAAUUUGACUCUGACUCUACCACGCGUAGUUGUGAACCUUUGACUUCUGAGUUCUGAGGAUCAUUUUCAUGGUUUCCGUUUUGGAGAAUAACUGGAUGGUGAUAGUAGAGCUAUCUGUUUAUGCUAAAAUAGUAAGGAAGGCAAAAGGUGUCGGCUUUAUCUUGUAAGAUGAUGGAAUUUUUGUGGUAGAGCUCAGAGAGAAUCCAUGGCUUCUCUUCCUUCUUCUUCUUCUUCUUCUUCAGCAGUUUGGAAAACAGACGUUUUCGUGAGUUUUAGAGGAGAAGAUGUGCGUAAAACAUUUGUGAGUCAUCUCCUGUGCGAGCUUGAUCGGAUGGGGAUCAACGCUUUCAGGGACGAUUUGGAUCUACAGAGAGGCAAAUCCAUCUCCCCAGAGCUUGUAGAUGCUAUCAAAGGCUCCAGAUUUGCCAUCGUCGUUAUCUCCAGGAACUACGCAGCUUAAAGUUGGUGCUUAGAUGAGGUCUUGAAGAUCAUGGAAUGUGAAGAAACGAUUAAUCAGACAGUUUUACCCAUUUUCUAUGAGGUUGAUCCUUCGGAUGUGAGAAGACAGAAGGGAGGUUUUGGUGAAGAUGUUGAGAGUCACAGUGAUAAAGAGAAAGUGAGGAAAUGGAAAGAAGCUUUGACGAAAUUGGCUUCUAUUUCUGGUGAAGAUUCUCGGAAUUGGAGGGAUGAGUCGAAGAUGAUUAAGAAGAUUGUUAAAGACAUCUCUGAUAAGUUGGUUUCAAGUUUAUAUGAUGACUCAGAAGAGUUAAUUGGAAUGAGUUCCCAUAUGGACUUUCUGCAGUCUAUGAUGUCUAUGGAGGACGAAGAAGAUGUUCGGAUGGUGGGGAUUUGGGGAAUGGGUGGAGUUGGGAAGACCACGAUUGCUAAAUACUUAUACAAUCAACUCUCAUGUCGAUUUCAAGCUCAUUGCUUCAUGGAGAAUGUGAAGGAAGUCAGUAACAGAUAUGGAGUCAAGCGUUUACAAGGGGAGUUUUUAUGCAGAAUGUUUCGAGAAAAGGAUACAGAAGCAUGGAGCUCGAUUUCUUGUUGCAGCAUUAUAAAGGAAAGGUUAAGGCACAAAAGGGUUUUGAUUGUGCUCGACGAUGUAGAUAGAUUUGAGCAACUGAAUGAACUGGUGAAAGAGAUUGAUUGGUUUGGUCCGGGAAGCAGAAUCAUCGUGACAACACGGGAUAGACAUUUGCUAGUUUCUCAUGGCAUAGAUUUGGUGUAUAAAGUGAAGUGUUUACCCAAAAAAGAAGCUCUCCAGCUCUUUUGUUACUAUGCUUUCAGAAUUGAGAUUAUAAUUCCACAUGGGUUUCAGGAGUUAUCAGUUCAAGCUAUUAACUAUGCUUCUGGUCUUCCACUGGCUCUAAGAGUUUUAGGCUGCUUCCUCUGUCGAAGAAGCCGUAGAGAAUGGCAAAGCACUCUUGCUAGGCUUAAAACUUACCCUCAAAGUGAUAUCAUGGAAGUUCUGAGAGUUAGCUUCGAUGGAUUAGAUGAGCAAGAGAAGGCUAUUUUUCUCUAUAUAUCAUGUUUCUAUAACAUGAAGCAUGUUGAUUAUGUCACAAAACUUCUUGAUAUUUGUGGCUAUGCUGCUGAUAUCGGAAUCACGAUUCUUACAGAGAAGUCUUUGAUAAUUGUAUCAAAUGGAUGCAUAAAGAUGCAUGAUUUACUUGAGCAGAUGGGUAGAGAGCUUGUUCGUCAACAAGCAGCUAACAACCCAGCCCAACGGUUACUUUUAUGGAAUUUGUGAGUUGCUGUAAGACAUCUGUGAAGACAUCUGUGAGUUGCUGUCAACCCUGAAGACAUCUGUGAGUUGCUGUCAGAAAUUUCUGCUGGGACACAACUUGUUGAAGGAAUCUCUCUGAACGUCUCUGAAAUUCCUGAGGUAUUUGCUAGUGAUCGAGCUUUCGAGGGAUUGUCUAAUCUCAAGCUACUCAACUUCUAUGAUCUUUCAUUUGAUGGAGAGACUAGAGUGCAUCUACGUAAUGGCCUGAGUUAUCUCCCACGCAAGCUUCGUUAUCUACGUUGGGAUGGAUACCCUUUAAAGACUAUGCCUUCAAGAUUUUGUCCUGAGUUUCUUGUUGAACUUUGUAUGAGUAAUAGCAAGCUUGAAAAACUUUGGGAUGGGAUCCAGCCUCUUAGGAACUUGAAGAAGAUGGAUCUUUCUCGCAGUAAAUACCUUGUCGAGAUUCCAGAUCUCUCAAAAGCCACAAAUCUGGAGGAACUAAACCUUUCCUGUUGCCAAAACUUGGUUGAGGUUACUCCAUCUAUCAAGAAUCUUAAGAGACUUUCUUGUAUCUACUUGACUAAUUGCAUCCAACUCAAGAACAUUCCGGUUGGGAUAACUUUGAAGUCGCUUGAAACAGUGGGAAUGAGUGGAUGCUUAAGUCUAGUGCAAUUUCCAGAACUUUCUUGGAAUACUAGAAGACUCUAUCUGAGCAGUACAAAGAUAGAGGAACUACCAUCAUCAAUCAGCCAUCUCUCUUAUCUCGUUGAACUGGAUAUGUCAGACUGCCAGAGACUCAGGGUUCUUCCAAGCUCUGUAAGGAACUUGGUCUCACUUAAAUCCAUGAAUUUGGAUGGUUGCAAACAUCUUGAGAACCUCCCAGACACAUUACAGAGUCUAACAUCUCUUGAAACUCUUGAAGUUUCUGGUUGCCUUAAUGUCAACGAGUUCCGUCGCGUUGCCACGAAUAUAGAAGUUCUGCGUAUAUCUGAGACAUCAAUUGAAGAAGUUCCUGCAAGGAUCUACAAUCUCUCUCAGCUUAGGUCCUUGGAUAUUUCAGAAAACAAAAGACUGAAAUCACUUCCGUUAAGCAUUUCUGAGCUAAGAUCACUUGAAAAGCUCAAGCUUUCUGGAUGUUCUUUACUCGAGAGUUUUCCACCAGAAAUUUGUCAGACAAUGAGCUGCUUGAGGUGGUUUGAUUUGGAUAGGACUAGCGUUAAAGAACUACCUGAAAGCAUUGGGAAUUUAGUAGCUCUUGAGGUGCUUCAAGCCAGUAGAACAGCUAUAAGGCGGGCACCAUGGUCCAUUGCACGACUUUCUCGUCUUCAAGUUUUAGCGAUUGGGAAUAGUUUCUAUACUCCAGAAGGUUUGUUGCAUUCUCUUUGUCCACCCUUAUCAAGGUUUGAUGACUUGAGAGUUCUGAGCCUAAGCAACAUGAACAUGACAGAGAUCCCUAACAGUAUCGGUAACUUAUGGAAUCUACUAGAACUAGAUUUGAGUGGGAACAAUUUUGAAUUCAUCCCUGCAAGCAUCAAACGGCUCACCAAGUUGAACAGACUGAAUUUAAACAAUUGCCAGAGACUUCAAGCAUUGCCCGAUGAGCUUCCACGAGGUCUCUUGUAUAUCUACAUCCAUAGCUGCACAUCCCUAGUGAGUAUCUCAGGAAGCUUCAACCAAUAUUGUCUGCGCAAGCUUGUAGCCAGCAACUGUUACAAAUUGGAUCAAGCAGCACGGAUUCUCAUUCAUCGUAACAUGAGGCUAGAGUCAGCAAAACCAGAACACUCUUACUUUCCUGGUAGUGAUGUACCAACUUGCUUCAAUCACCAAGUCAUGGGUUCGUCGCUGAAUAUACACUUACCUCAUAGUAAAUCGUCUGACAUUUUGGGAUUUUCUGCCUGCAUCAUGAUUGGAGUUGAUGGACAGUACCCGAUGAACAAUCUGAAGAUACACUGCUUUUGUAUUUUAAAAGAUGUUGAUGCUUGUGAGCUGAUAGUUAUGGAUGAGAUGUGGUAUCCUGAUCCAAAAGCUUUCACAAACAUGUAUUUUCGAUCAGAUCACCUCCUCUUAUUCAGCAGAACAUGCAUGUCCAUGGGAGCGUACAAUGAAGCCCUGUUCGAAUUCUCAAUCGAAAACACAGAAGAAGAAUCUUUUAGCCCGCUUGGAGUGAUUAAAAAAUGUGGGGUGCACCUUAUAUCAUUUAAAGACAUGAUGCAAGAGUUCUCUACUGACUCAGAGAAAAUUCAGAAUUCUGAUUUGGAUCUUUCAAAGGCAACUGAUGACGCAAGAGUUUUGAAAAGAAGAGCAUAUGAAGCUGAGUUCUUGCAUAAGGAACAACCAAAUCCCAAGAGGGUCAAGUUUCGUCCAGUUCCUUUGGCUCGAAAGGCACAUUCCAAAUUAUAUCAACCAAAUGGUAUCUGAGAGUAAAAGAUUCACUUGUUGGCUUGUUGUAUACAUAAUUAUAUAUCGAUUGAUCCAUAUAUUUUGAUUGCA